AUAAUACACGCAACCAAAAAUAGGCCAAAUUUAACUUGUUACUUAUUCAACCAAAUCUUUUGAAUCUUAUUAAGACUGGCCACUCCUUCACUUAUACACCGUCCAUUUUUGGUUAAUCUUUCUCCUGUUUAUUUCGUCUUCUUCUCCGAUCUGUCAUUUCUGAACCAUGAGCUGGUGGUGGGCUGGAGCUAUUGGAGCUGCCAAGAAAAAAUUGGAAGAUGAUGAUGCGCCGCGAAGCUUCCAGAGCGUAGCCCUCGUGCUAGGCGUGACCGGAAUUGUCGGCAACAGUUUAGCCGAAAUCCUCCCUUUAUCCGACACACCCGGCGGGCCAUGGAAAGUCUACGGAGUAGCUCGACGUCCCCGGCCAAGCUGGAACGCCGAUCAUCCGGUGGAAUACAUCCAGUGUGACAUCUCCGACACCGCCGAGACACAAUCUAAGCUGUCUCUACUGACUGAUAUCACUCACAUCUUUUACGUGACGUGGACUAACAGACCGUCUGAGGCUGAGAAUUGCGAAAUUAACGGCCUCAUGUUGAGAAACAUUCUCGAAGCUGUUAUCCCUAACGCUCCGAAUCUCCGUCACAUCUGCCUCCAAACCGGGGCUAAGCAUUACGUCGGGUCGUUUGAAUCGAUGGGUAAGAUCGAGAGUCACGAUCCGCCUUUCACGGAGGAUAUGCCGAGAUUGAACUCACCCAAUUUCUAUUACAAUAUGGAAGAUAUUAUGUUUGAGGAGGUGGCCAAAAAAGAAGGACUGACCUGGUCCAUUCACAGACCGGAUCAGAUUUUCGGGUUUUCGCCGUACAGUAUGAUGAAUAUAAUGGGUACUCUUUGUGUUUAUGCUGCUAUAUGCAAACACCAAGGAUUGCCGUUACUAUUUCCUGGAGCUAAAGCAGCGUGGAAUUCUUACUCAGUUGCUUCGGAUGCUGACUUAGUUGCGGAGCAUCAAAUUUGGGCAUCGGUGGAUCCGCACGCCAAAAACGAAGCGUUUAACUGUAACAACGGAGAUUUGUUCAAGUGGAAGCAGUUUUGGAAGGUUUUGGCGGAGCAAUUUGAGAUAGAGGAGUAUGGGAUUGAGGAGACAGAGCAAAAAUUGAGUUUGGUGGAGAUGAUGAAAGGCAAAGAGGCAAUUUGGGAGGAGAUUGUGAGAGAGAAUCAGUUGCAGGCUACUAAGUUGGAUGAGGUGGCCAAUUGGUGGUUUGCUGAUAUAAUAUUUGGCGGUGAAGCUGUGACGUCGAGUAUGAAUAAGAGUAAGGAACAUGGGUUCUUGGGGUUUAGGAAUUCCAAGAAUUCUUUCAUUUCUUGGAUUGAUAAAAUGAAGGGUUAUAAGAUUGUGCCUUGAGUUGGAUUGGGUUUGCUUCUUGAAUUUGAAUUUGUUGGUCUUUGUUGGGGAAUAAAUUGAACUUGGGAAAAUUAUGUGUCAAACAGAUUGUAUCAGUACAGAGUUUAUGAUUCUUUGUUUCUUCUUGUGGAGUUCUUUGUGUUGUCUGUGUGAUUGUCAUGUUUAAAGUAAAAUUUCAUGCAUUGCGAGUUGCAAUGUUCUUGUUUA